UUUUAAUUUUCUCAAAAAAUUAGGGUUCUCAACAUACCUCUUGACGACACCUGUCUUGAUCUUGAUCUGACGUAUUCUUGGAUCUUGUGCAGCCAUAAUUUUGUUGUUUGAUUUUGUUGUUGGGAGAUGAAAUUCUAUUUUACUGCCAGCAAAAUUGUCUUCCCAGUUUCCCUCGCAAAUAUUUCGAACGGAAGUUCAAACCCGGAAGUGAUAAAGGUCAAGGUCAGAUCUGUCAAAUAGUAAAAUUUGGAUUUUUUUGUUACUUCUUUAGGAUUUGAAGAGACAAUGAGCUUAGAAAUAAGACAAUUAACAAUUAAAGAUGUUCCCGGUGCUUGGGAGGUACUAAAGGAUGGAUCGAAUAGUAACAUUGGCGCAUCGUUCCGAUUAAUACUCACAAGGCAGAGCACAUGGAUUUUCGCCUUCACCACACUUUACAUGGCUUACGUCUAUACUGGUUCCGUUGAAGUUACAGUUUGGACAUUCAUCUCAUAUUUUGCCGCAAUUUAUAUAUUUGUGAUAUGUGGAUCAUUAUAUUAUAUCUACGGCCCCCCAUUGGCUGAUAUGAGAAAACCAAAAGAAACGUACAUGGUGCAGGACAAUACUUCUUUUCUUGUCGCAGAAAUGAAUCGAAAAAUUGUUGGAACCAUCGCAAUUGUGCCAAAACCACAAACCAGUACAAAUACCAGUAAGGACAAUGGCCAUGAAAUUGCUUGGUUACGCCGUAUGGCUGUUUUACGAAAAUACCGUGGAAGAGGAAUUGCCAAGAAACUCUUGCGUGCAGCUAUUCUGUUUAGUCGUAAGGCUAAGUACAAACAAAUUGAUCUAAUAACAACAGAUGUUCAUUUUGCAGCUAGGAACUUAUAUACCAAAAUGGGGUUUGAAUGCAUAAGCUAUAAGCCUAUAAGACGGUUGAUUAUUUUUGUGUGGACAUAUGAAUUUACUCUUCAGUUGUGAUGAUACACGAUUAUUAGGAAAAUGAUGAUGAUGAUGACAACAGCGGAUUGGUGAAAUCACAUUAUAAUUAUGUAAAAAUUUUACUGACAUCAAAUAAACCUAAUAUUUUCCUAAUACGAUCUCAAUGAGUCCACAGAGUAUAAUAUUAGCAAUAAAAAAUUCUUUCAUCAAAGCAGCAAGAAUAAUUAUUGUUUUUAUCUGAAUAGGCCUACUCACUACUGUAAAUUGUUUUGAUUUGAAGGCUGUUUUAAUGUGAUUGAUUUGAUUGAUUGAUAAAAACGUCCAAAUUAAGUCUCUGACAUUUUUUUGAAAAAAAUCACUAGGACGUAAAAGGUCUCAUUGAGAAUUCUUUUAAUAUUUUGAUUGAAACACCUUUUUUACAUUUUUAGCUCAUAUAAAACCUCCCAGUGUCACUUAGAGUAACCUAGCCAUAUGACAUCCUAGCUAGCCUUUCAAUAUCCAGAGGAUCCGACCGAUCCGUAGUCUCUUGAAGUAGCAGCAUG